AUGAAUGAAACAAAUUCAGAGGACGAAGAUGGGAGAUUGGAUACAAAUCUAUCGGAUACUUUCGAUGACAAACAUGAUAAUUUUAGAUUAUUUAAAGCGUAUAAAGAAGGUCAGUUGGAUUUGAACAUUUUAAGUACACAGGAAGCAAUUUCAGCUGCGACCGCCGCAACAGUUGAUAAUGCUACAAUGUCAUCAACAUUAACAUCAAAAAACGGUCAAAAAGAUGAGACUUCUUCAAAUCAAGGUAUGCCGAAAUCUUGGUGUGCGCCUCAGUCAUCAUCUAGUGAAACAAACCAAUCAGUAUCUCCUAACAAACAGUUUACUUUGGGUUCACUUUUGAAACCUGAUAUUGCUAAACCUGUUUGUGAAUCUCAGCUGCCAUCUCUAUCACGCGUUCUUGUCUCAUCUGCUAACUUAGCGGAAGAAAACAAGAGAAUACAAACAGGACCAAUUUUAACUUCUGGAAAUGCUAUCCUUGUGAAUCAGCGUCAGAGAGGUAAUCCUGUUUUAAAACAGAUACGUAAUGUUGCCUGGGAGUAUGCAGAUGUUGAUCCGGAUUUUGUUGUAGGAAGAAAUAAUUGUAUAUAUUUUCUAAGCUUACGUUAUCAUAAUUUAAAUCCUGAAUAUAUAUUUGAACGUUUACGUCAAACAAAACAACAUUAUCAAUUAUCUGUACUUCUUGUUCAAGUGGAUGUACCAGAUCCAUACUAUCCUUUAAAAGAGUUGUGUAAAAUUUGUUGGACUGAAAGAUUAACCUUGAUGUUGGCUUGGAAUAUGGAAGAAGCAGCAAGAUAUUUAGAAGCUUAUAAAGCCUUGGAAAACAAACCUCCAGAUAACUUAAUGGUAGAGCCAGCCGCACAAACAGAUCAUAUCGCACAAGUUACAGAUUUCUUAACUUCGGUUCGACGUAUCACAAAGGCUGAUGCUGUUUCAGCGUUGAGAAAAUUCGAUACUGUAGCCGACAUAAUACGAGCUGAUCAAUCAACUUUGGAGAAGUGCCCUGGUUUCGGUCAACUUAAAGCCCGUAAACUCACUGAAGUUUUCAGAAUGCCAUUUAUAAAGAAAAAUGAUAUGA